UCCGGGUUUGGAGCGAAAGGCGCCUUAGAGUGAAAACAACAAAUGUUUUGUUUAGACGCAGUCGAACGGGCGUGUGCACGUCCAGCACAUGCACAGUGUGCGCGCGCGGGCGCGCGUUUGUCUUAUCAACACCUCGCUAACUUCCUGCUUGGAGCAGCCUCAAGGCGGGUAGAGGGAGGAGUCAGUGUUCACUCUGCAUAGUGCAAGACUCAAACACUAAACAUUAAGCAUGAAGCCGGCACGGCAGCGCGCAUCUUGAACAACUUUGUGGAGAAGCUGCAAGUUGUUGUAGUGUUGCUGUUUCAGCAUGUCGGACAGUGCGUCCAGUUUCCUGCAUAUUGGAGACCUAGUGUCUCUGUACGCCGAAGGCACGGUCAAUGGCUUCAUCAGCACCCUGGGGUUGGUGGAUGAUCGCUGUGUGGUGGAACCAGCUGCUGGAGAUCUGGAUAACCCCCCCAAGAAGUUUAGAGACUGUCUGUUCAAGGUGUGUCCAAUGAGUCGCUACUCGGCCCAGAAACAGUUCUGGAAAGCCAAGCAGGCCAAACAUGAGAAAGACAAGAUCGGUGACGUGGUCUUGCUACAAAAAUUGCAGCAUGCGUCCAACUUAGAGCAGAAGCAGAACGAGACGGAGAACAAGAAGGUCCAUGGAGACGUGGUCAAGUAUGGAACGGUCAUCCAGCUGCUGCAUAUGAAGAGCAACAAGUACCUGACUGUGAACAAGCGAUUGCCUGCGCUUCUGGAGAAGAACGCCAUGCGCGUCACACUGGACGGGACGGGCAAUGAAGGCUCGUGGCUUUUCAUCCAACCUUUCUGGAAGCUGCGUGCCAACGGAGACAACGUGGUGGUGGGAGACAAAGUGAUAUUGAAUCCCGUCAAUGCCGGCCAGCCGCUUCAUGCCUCAAACUACGAGCUGAGUGACCAUCCAGGCUGUAAGGAGGUGAACUCUGUGAACUGUAACACCAGCUGGAAGAUCAACUUGUUCAUGAUGUUUAGCGACCACCGUGAGGAAGUGCUCAAGGGCGGCGACGUGGUGCGUUUGUUUCAUGCCGAGCAAGAAAAGUUUCUCACCUGCGACGAAUACAAGAGCAAACUUCACGUUUUCCUACGCACCACACUCAGACAGUCGGCCACAUCAGCGACGAGCUCCAACGCUCUGUGGGAAGUCGAGGUUGUCCACCAUGAUCCGUGCCGCGGGGGAGCGGGACACUGGAACAGCUUGUACCGCUUCAAACACCUGGCCACUGGAAAUUACCUGGCAGCUGAGGAAAAUCCAGGUUACCGGGGUGACAAUGCUGAAAUUUCCUCCGUGAUGGAGGGUAGUCGCGGCAACAAGCGUUCUCACGGUGAGAGGAUCAAGUACAAGCUGGUGGCCAUGGUUCACGGCAACGACAUCGCCUCGCUCUUUGAGCUGGACCCCACCACGCUGCAAAAGACAGACUCCUUCGUCCCACGGAACUCUUACGUGCGCUUAAGGCACCUGUGCACGAACACAUGGAUCCAGAGCACCAACGUUCCCAUUGACAUAGACGAGGAGCGACCCAUCAGACUCAUGUUAGGAACAUGUCCCACGAAAGAGGACAAGGAGGCAUUUGCCAUCGUCUCGGUUCCCGUGAUGGAGAUCCGAGAUUUGGACUUUGCCAAUGAUGCCAGUGCCAUGUUAAGCACAGUGGUGGACCAGUUCAGUCAAGGCUUCAUCAGCCAGAACGACCGUCGCUUCGCCAUCAAACUGCUAGAGGACGUGGUCUUCUUUGUCGCUGACGUGGUAAACAGCGGGCAGCCAGUGUUGGACGUCGCCAUGACCAAAGCCAACCGCGAGAGACAGAAGCUGAUGAGGGAGCAGAACAUCCUCAAGCAGAUCUUUGGCAUCCUAAAGGUUCCUUUCAAGGAUCGAGGGGGAGGAGAAGGGCCUCUGCUGCGUCUGGAGGAGCUAGCCGACCAGAAGAACUCUCCCUACCAGUACAUGUUCAGACUCUGCUACCGUGUCCUACGACAUUCCCAGGAGGACUACCGCAAGAACCAAGAGCACAUUGCCAAGCAGUUUGGCUUGAUGCAGGGUCAGAUCGGUUAUGACAUCCUGGCAGAGGACACCAUCACUGCGCUGCUGCACAACAAUCGCAAGCUGCUGGAGAAGCACAUCACCAAGACUGAGGUGGAGACCUUUGUCAGCCUCGUCCGCAAGAACCGAGAGCCCCGGUUUCUUGACUACCUUUCUGACCUGUGUGUUUCCAACAACGUGGCUAUCCCUGUCACUCAGGAGCUCAUCUGCAAAUGUGUGUUGGACCCCAAAAACCAGGACAUCCUCAUCAAGACGGAACGUCGGUUGCCCAGGGAGGUGUCCCCUGGUGAAAUUUCUACACAGUACAUGGGAAUGGACGACUACGGAGAGGAAGAUGAGGUGUGGCUAGUGUGGGCCGACAAGACCAAUGAGAAGCAGGAGAAGAGCAUCAGACAGCUGGCUCAGGAGGCCAGACAAGGCAACGCCCACGACGAGAAUGUUCUCACCUACUACAGGUACCAGCUGAAACUCUUUGCCAGGAUGUGUUUGGACCGUCAGUACUUGGCUAUCGACGAGAUUUCCAAGCAGCUUGAUGUGGAGCUAAUCUUCCUGUGCAUGAUGGACGAGACGCUGCCCUUUGACUUGCGGGCGUCCUUCUGCCGCCUGAUGCUGCACGCCCACGUGGAUCGAGACCCACAAGAACUGGUCACGCCCGUCAAGUUUGCCCGCCUUUGGACUGAAAUCCCUACCUCCAUCACCAUCAAAGAGUCAGUCGCUUGUCUCAACAAUAUGGCACCACUUGCUAGAAGCUUGCUCACGCAUCUGACCUUCUGCUUCAGUUACGACUCCAACAUGGAUGACAGCAGAGACAACAAAAAGAACCGUUUCUCCAACACCAUGGCCUUCAUGGAGGAGUAUCUCAACAACGUGCUUAAUGAGGAGCUGCCCUUUCACAACGAGGAGAAGAACAAGCUGACCUAUGAGGUGGUGAGCCUGGCUCGCCAUCUCAUCUACUUUGGCUUCUAUAGUUUCUUCGAGCUGCUGCGACUUACCAGAACUCUGCUCGGCAUCAUUGACUGCAGGCCCAAUCCCUUGCACGGCAGUGUGAUGUUCCACGAGGACGCCUCAGGGAAGAACGUGAAGCGCUCUAUUCACGGCAUGGGCCAAAUGAUGACCACGAUGGUCCUUAACAGAAAGCAAUCCUUAUUUGGUGGGCCAGGGGCACGGGGGGCGGGGCUUGACGGACAGCGAGCGGCUAAAGACAGUAUCGACAAGAUGGGCCUGACAGUGAUGGACACCAAGCUGAAAAUUUUGGAGAUCCUACAGUUCAUCCUUAAUGUGCGUCUGGACUACCGUCUGUCCUUCUUGCUCUCCAUCUUCAAGAAGGAGUUUGUGGACGUUUACCCACUGGCUGAUGCCGACGCCACCACUAGUAUGGAGCAAGCAGCCACCAUCAACCUGCAGCAUAUAGGAGAGCAGGCCGAGGCCAUGUUUGGAGUCGGAAAGGGCAACAGCAUCCUGGAAGUGGACGACGAAGGAGGUCGCAUGUUCCUGCGAGUUCUGAUCCACCUCACCAUGCACGACUACCCCCCACUGGUGUCUGGAGCUCUGCAGCUUCUCUUCAGACACUUCAGCCAGAGACAGGAAGUGCUGCACACCUUCAAACAGGUCCAGCUGCUGAUCUCAGCUCAGGAUGUAGAGAACUACAAGCUGAUCAAGUCAGAUUUGGAUCGUCUCAGGACACUGGUCGAGAAGUCUGAGCUUUGGGUGGAGAAGAAGACGUCAGGAGGCGGAGACGGCAAGAAGGACAAGAAAGACAAGAAGGAGAAAGCUGAGGGGGCAGUAGAGGACGUGACUCCCAAGAAGGACAAAGGCGAGAAGUGCAACGAGAACUAUCAGAACGUCAAAGAGAUCCUGGAAAGGUUGAACAAAAUGUGCAGCAGUGGCGUGUGGAAGAAGCAGCAGAGGUUGUUGAAGAACAUGGGAGCUCAUAAAGUCAUGUUGGACCUGCUGCAGGUCUCCUACGACCAGAAUGACGUGAAGAUGCAGGAGAUCAUCAGGUAUGCUCACCUGUUCCUGCAGAAGUUCUGUAUGGGCAACCAGGAGAACCAGGCUCUGCUGCACAAGAACCUCAGUCUCUUCCUCAAUCCUGGGCUGCUGGAUGCGGAGACAGUGCAGCACAUCUUCUGCAACAACUACCAGCUGUGCACAGAGAUCUCUGAGAGUGUCCUGCAGCACUUCAUCCACUGCCUGGCCACGCAUGGACGCCACGUCCACUACCUCAACUUCCUGCACACCAUCAUCAAGGCCGAGGGCAAGUACGUGAAGAAGUGCCAGGACAUGAUCAUGACUGAGCUGACCAACGCUGGUGAGGACGUGGUGGUCUUCUACAACGACAAGGCCUCCUUCAACGUCAUGUUGGAGCUCAUGGCCGAGAGCAGGGAGGGUGUGGGCGACAACAGCCCGCUCAGGUAUCACAUCUCGCUGGUGGAGCUGCUGGCGGCAUGUGCCGAGGGCAAGAAUGUUUACACGGAGAUCAAGUGCACAUCGCUGCUGCCACUGGAGGACGUUGUGCGAGUGGUGACACACGAGGACUGCAUAACUGAGGUGAAAAUCGCCUACGUGAACUUCGUGAACCACUGCUACGUGGACACAGAGGUGGAGAUGAAGGAGAUAUACACAUCCAAUCACAUCUGGAAACUCUUUGAGGACUUCACUGUAGACAUGGCCCAAGUGUGUAACAAACGAGAUAAACGUCUUUCCGACCCUGUCUUGGAGAAAUACAUCAUCAACGUGGUUUUUGACACCAUCAACGCCUUCUUCAGCUCGCCCUUCUCUGAGAACAGCACCUCACUGCAGAGUCAUCACGCCAUCGUCACCCAGCUGCUGCAGUCGUCUGUGCGCCUUCUGGAUUGUCCCUGGUUGCAGCAGCAACACAGAGCACAGGUGGAGACCUGCAUCAAGACACUUGCUGUCACAGCCAAGAGUCGCUCCAUCGCUCUCCCGCUGGACCUGGAGGCUCAGAUCAGCGCCAUGUUGUCAACCAGUGCCCUCAACUCACUGUCGCGCUCCAACCCCAACUAUAAGUCCUCGUCACGUUCUUUGCGGCCCGUGACCCCUAGCAACCCCUGGGACUACAAGAACAUCAUUGAGAAGCUACAGGACGUCAUCAACACGCUGGAGGAGCGCCUCAAGCCGCUCGUCAAUGCUGAACUCUCUGUCCUGGUUGACGUCCUCCACCAGCCUGAACUCCUCUUUCUGGAGGGAACUGACACUCGCCAGCGCUGCGAGUCUGGAGGCUUCAUCUCCAAGCUGAUCCAACACACUAAGGCUCUGAUGUCCACAGAGGAGAAGUUGUGUAUCAAAGUUCUGAGGACGCUGCAGGAAAUGUUGAUCAGAACUCUGGACUUUGAUGAAAAGGGAAUUUCACUACGGAAGGUUCUGUUACAAAACUACUUAUUUCCGAACAAGAAGAAUAACCCAAAGAAUGACUUGGCAGAACUGGGAGCAGCAGGUGGCGAGCAGGAGCGCGACUGGGCGGCAGUGGCCACAGUCCAGUGUCGUCUGGACCGAGAAGGUGGGACCAAGUUGUUCACAGACUUGGUGAUGAGCACCAAGAACGACAAGAUCUUCCAGGAGAGCAUCCAGCUGGCCAUCUGUCUCCUGGAGGGAGGCAACACUGAGAUACAGAAUUCCUUCUACAAGCUGAUGAUGGGAGACAACAAGUCUGAGAAGUUCUUCAAAGUUCUCCAUGACAGAAUGAAAGAGGCUCAGACGGACAUCAAGGCCACCGUGUCGGUCAAUGUUGGUGAGAUGACGCACAAGGCCAAUGAGAAGGACUUGGACAACGGUUCCUCUUCACCGCUUGGACUUGGCAGUGAUGGACAUUCCCUGUUGGUCCAGGGGCAAGGCGGAGAGCCCUCUUCCCUGCAGACUCAGCCAAUGGCAGAGCAGAAAGAGGUGGAGACAGAGAUGGGCCCAGCUGUUCUUAUCAUGAAGCCCAUCCUGAGGUUCCUGCAGCUUCUGUGUGAGAAUCACAACCAAGACCUGCAGAACUUCCUGCGCUGCCAGAACAACAAGACAAACUACAACCUGGUCUGCGAGACACUUCAGUUCCUGGACAUCAUGUGUGGAAGCACCACGGGCGGCCUGGGCCUACUGGGCCUGUAUAUCAAUGAAUCAAACGUCCACCUCAUCACGCAGACCCUGGAGACCCUCACAGAGUACUGCCAGGGCCCUUGCCAAGAGAACCAGACGUGCAUCGUGACGCAUGAGUGCAACGGCAUCGACAUCAUCACGGCGUUGAUCCUCAACGACAUCAGCCCGCUGUGUCGCUACCAGAUGGAGAUGGUGCUGCAGCUCAAGGACAAUGCCUCCAAGCUGCUGCUGGCGCUGAUGGAGAGUCGACACGACAGUGAGAACGCUGAGAGGAUCCUGUUUAACCUUCGACCCAGAGAACUGGUGGACGUGAUAAAGAAGGCCUACCAUCAGGAGAGUGAGUGUGAGGGUGGGGAGGUGUCUCCUCGUGAGGUGGGACAUAACAUCUACAUCCUGGCCCAGCAGCUGGCCAGACAUAACAAGGUGCUGCAGAACCUCCUGAAGCCCCCAAAGAAGAAUAAAGAAGGAGAGGAAGGCAUCUCCUCCAUGUUAAACUUGAACAAUCGUCCUCUGUCACAAAUGUUGAAGUCAUCAAUACCGACUGGUGUUGUGGAGCAAGACCCUCUGGAGUACUACGACCUGCUCACUUCUCAGAUUGAGAUAGUGCGUGACGACCGUAGCAUGGAGCAGAUUGUGUUUCCUGUCCAUCCCAUCUGUGAGUUCCUGACUGAAGAGUCCAAGUUUCGGGUCUUUAACACGACCGAGCAAGACGAGCAGGGGUCGAAGGUCACGCAUUUCUUUGAGCAGACGUCCUUCCUGCACGGAGAGAUGGAGUGGCAAAAGAAGCUAAGGAGCAUGCCAGUGUUGUACUGGUUCUCCAGGAGGAUGACUUUGUGGGGGACCAUCUCCUUCAACCUGGCCGUCUUCAUCAACCUCAUCAUCGCCUUCUUCUACCCCUACAACUCAGGACAAGCUGGCGCCAUCGAUGACUCUCUGCUGCUGAUGUUGUUUUGGAUUCUGAUCGGGCUGUCCAUGCUGGCCUUGCUCUCCCAGCGUUAUGGCCUGCAGCCACUGACUCUGGCACUCAUCCUGAGGUCCAUCUACCACCUGGGAAUUGGAAACACGCUCAUCCUGCUGGGAACUCUCAACCUGAUCAACAAGGUGGUGUUUGUGGUGAGCUUUGUGGGCAACAAUGGGACAUUCAUUAUGGGAUACAAAGCCAUGGUGAUGGACGUGGAGUUCCUGUACCACCUGGCCUAUGUGCUCACCUCCACACUGGGCCUCUUCGUCCAUGAGCUCUUCUACAGCAUCCUGCUGUUCGACCUCAUCUACCGAGAGGAGACGCUCUUCAAUGUGAUCAAGAGUGUGACGCGCAACGGACGCUCCAUCUUGCUGACGGCGCUGCUUGCCCUCAUCCUGGUCUACCUCUUCUCCAUCGUGGGCUUCCUGUGUCUCAAGGAAGACUUCAUUAUGGAGGUCGACCCACUGCCACAGAUCGCCCAAGCUCCUCAGCAGAGCGACACCUCGCAGGAGUUCCUAGGGUCCUGUUCUGCUGAUGGUGUCAGCUGCACGGCUGAGAGCGCUGCUGCCGAGGCCGAAGACGACGAUGAGGAGACCACAGAACGAGCGUGCGACACGUUGCUGAUGUGCAUCGUCACCGUCUUGAAUCACGGCCUGAGGAACGGUGGCGGUGUUGGCGACGUCCUCCGCCAGCCAUCCAAAAACGAGCCACUGUUUCCUGCCCGCGUUGUCUAUGACUUGUUGUUCUACUUUAUUGUUAUCAUCAUCGUUCUCAACCUGAUCUUUGGCGUCAUCAUCGACACGUUUGCCGACCUGAGAAGCGAGAAGCAGAAGAAAGAAGAGGUCCUCAAGACCACCUGUUUCAUCUGUGGUCUGGAACGAGACAAGUUCGACAACAAGACGGUGUCAUUUGAGGAGCACAUCAAACUAGAGCACAACAUCUGGAAUUACCUGUACUUCAUUGUUCUGGUGCGAGAGAAGAACAAGACAGACUACACGGGACCCGAGAGCUACGUGGCCUUGAUGAUCAAGAACAACAACCUGGACUGGUUCCCCCGCAUGCAGGCCAUGUCUCUGGUGGUUACAGAUGGCGACGGCGAGCAGAACGAGAUGAGGAUGCUGCAGGACAAGCUGGCAUCCACCACCAAGGUUGUCAUGACACUCACCACGCAGCUCACCGAGCUAAAAGAGCAGAUGACGGAGCAGAGGAAGAGGAGGCAGAGGAUGGGUUUUGUUGACGUCCAGCAGGGCGGCAGUGCUUCACUUCCUCCCAGCGCUGCAGGAGGGAACCACCAGCUGUGAAAAGGGCAAGCUGAGUGAAGAGCAGUAAAUAAAGACACUAAGAAGACAUGUUCAUUCAUGUUAUUUUAUGUUGUUUAACAAGAUGCUAACAUUUUACUGUUUGCUUUGAAUGGAAAGCGACUUGAAAGUGUCCACAUGCAGAUUUUAAUGUGUUUAAUAGAAUAAUAAUAAUAAUAAUAACGUAACAUGAGUGAAGUACUUUUAGCCUAAUUUAAACUUAUAUUAAAGUAUAUUUUUAUUGAACAUUUAUUUAAAUGUGACGUGUUUAUUAGUCAGUUUGUUUGAAACAUCAAAGCGACAAAUAUUAAAUUUCAUACUUCCACAAAGGUGAGGCGUGUCCUCAUUCUAUAUCCUCACUAAGAUACACCAAGACAUUCAGAUGUUAAAACUUUAUUGUUAACAUCACAGUUGCACGCGUCAAACAUUGUUGAGCAGCUCAACCUGUACAUUACCUCGUAGUGUAUGAGCGCAGGAUUGUGGAGCUUUGCAGUGGAGCCUGAGAGGAAUGUUGUCACAUCAAGCAUGCCCAAAGCAAUAUUUGAAGUGAUUAACAAGAACGGUGGAGCUACUCAUUACUGAGUCCUACUGAGAACAUUUUUUGUUCUGGUUUGGAGAGUUUUUUGUUAUUUUUUGAGCGAUGGUCUUAAACUUUUGAUCAGCUGAUAAACAGCCUAUUUCAGUUUAAUUGUUUUCAAUAAAUUACUUUUUCCAAAUGUU